GCCAGCUUGACAUCAUCCUCGACUCGUCUCCGCAGCAUGCUCCAAGUCGAGCCGUUCACGUUCAAAGUCAGCGAGGCCGACUUGACUGACCUCAACGCUCGUUUGGACAGAGCGCGCUUCGAUACUGAGGAGAUUGUACCGGGCGCUGACUUUGAGUACGGCGUACCGCUCGAAUGGACCAAGCAGACGACGCAGUACUGGCGCAAGCAGUACGACUGGCGCAAGCACGAAGCAUACAUCAAUUCGUUCCCACACUUUACAACCAAACUUGAUCGGGAUUCCAUCACGAUUCACUUUAUCCAUGUCAAGAGCAGUCAGCCGGAUGCUAUUCCCUUGCUAGCCUGUCAUGGCUGGCCCGGUAGCGUGUACGAGUUCUUCAAGGCCAUCAAGCCGCUCACUGAGCCAGGCAAGGGCAAGCAAGCCUUUCAUCUCGUCAUCCCAUCCAUGCCCGGCUUCCUGUGGUCGCAGCGGCCCACAAAGACAGGCUGGACGAUGAUCGACACCGCGCGCAUAUUCAAUGAGCUCAUGCUCGGAUUGGGCUACGACAAGUACGGCGUGCAAGCCGGAGAUUGGGGCAGUAUUGCAGUGAGGUGCAUGGCUGCAAAGCACCCGCAGCAUUGCAUCGCAGCCCAUCUCAACUUUCUGCCAGCUAAACCCCCUGGACCGCUUAAGCUACUGCCGCUUUCACCCUGGCUGAUCGAGAGGAUGCCUUGGUUUGUCUUCUCGGCGGUGCAGCGUGACAGGAUCCUGCGCACGCUACGAUAUCUCCAGGAAGGCUCAGGGUAUUAUGCGAUCCAGAGCACCAAGCCGGCGACGCUGGGUCACGCGCUCAUGGACUCCCCGGUGGGCUUGCUCAGCUGGAUCGGAGAGAAGUUCUUUUUCUGGAAGGAGGACGAGGCGGAGGAAGACGCGAUAUCGCUCGAUGAUGUGCUCACGAUGAUCACGCUGUAUUGGUUCACCAAGUGCAGCACGACAUCCUUUCUACCCUACAAGGAGCACGGCGACGAUGGCUUCCUUGUCUACCUGCAUCGGCGCGAUCUCUACAUGCCAUGUCCGACCGCCGUCUCUGGCUUUCCAGGUGAGAUUGCAAACAAUCCGGAGCGCUGGGCAAAGUCGACCGCCAACAUCAAGUGGUGGAAGAUGGCAGAUCGUGGCGGACACUUUGCCGCGCUCGAAGAGACUGACAUCUAUGUCGAUCACGUUCAGGAUGCGUUCAGCAAGAUCUGGCCUCUCAAGAGGUCGUCCAAGUUGUAGCUUAGCCUCCAUGCAUCGUAGCAUCACGGGA